CUAGUACGCGUGACAUAUAUUUCAGCGAGUUGAGCAGUUAAGAGUUGAUGUGAUAGAAAUGGUCACAAUGUAUCCUUACUCAACUAAUCAGUCGAAUGCUGGCAUGAUGGGGCACUACCAAAGUUAUGAUUUCUAUCAUCAUGGCAGCCAUCCAUAUUCGACCAUGCAUUAUUCCAUGUCGUAUCCGACGUCUCAGUAUAGACCUGAGCAUUACCAAUACAACCCAGGUUUAGUUCGAGCCGCUGCAACGUCCAAGGAUAUGGUAAAGCCACCGUAUAGUUACAUUGCAUUGAUAGCGAUGGCCAUUCAGAAUCAGCCGGACAAAAGGAUCACUUUGUCAGGAAUCUAUCAAUGGAUAAUGGACAGAUUCCCUUAUUAUCGUGACAACAAACAAGGUUGGCAAAAUUCGAUCCGACACAAUCUCAGUCUUAAUGAAUGUUUUGUUAAAGUUCCGCGAGACGACAAAAAGCCGGGUAAAGGCAGUUAUUGGACACUGGAUCCCGACAGCUACAACAUGUUCGAGAAUGGCAGCUACCUUCGACGCAGAAAACGAUUCAAACGCAAGGCAAAGAAAGAAGAGGACGAGAAAAAACAAAAAGUCGAGCGAGCCGCCAGCACUCAGUCGAACGAAAGUUUAGACAGUGAGGAAAAUCGCGAAAAUGAGUGUAAGGAAGCAAAGCCAUCGUGUAUGAAAAAUCAGGACUUCAGUCAAAAUGAAAUGACUUCGUCUGUGAUGAAAAGUCCAAAGAUAGAAAGCCCUCCUUCAAAUAGUUCGUCUCCUGCUGAAGAGAGCGCUCUUAAUCCUUCGUGCUCUAUAGCCAAUAAUGCUUAUUCGGAAUUCAAUUUUCCAACUCCAUCAUAUAAUUAUCCAACAGCGGUCGCCUAUCAUGCACACCAACAUGAAAUGAACGAGAAAAGCAACUAUACGGCAGCACAGUGUGAUUAUACACAACACUCUAUCCAAGAUACCUACCCCGUUAAUAACUACAUUCAACAAUCUGUUUCCAUGCAUUCGACACAUUUGCAAAGCGAAGCGACUGUCUCUAGACACGGUGGUUAUAUUUCAGCGCCGUACACAACCCAUGAUCCGUACGUUGAACAGUUUCCACCGCGAUCCAGCAACAAUCCUCAACUCAACAAUACAAAUGCUUGGUAUAUGCGCGAGCAGAGUCCUUCAUAUGCUAACACAGAGACGACUGUUGAAAAUUCGUCAUUUCCUUUAAACGUCCGUGAAAUGUUUGAGUCUCAAAGACUCCCUAUUCAACCAAACCAAGAACAUUUGAUGAACUCGAAUCAAAAUCAUUUCGCGGCGAAUGUCCACGCUGGUUUUUAUCAAUCAAACAAUAACUGGUGAAAUUUUCAUUCAUUCUAGUCAAAAUGUUAGGAUUCUUUAGAUAAACGAGUUAGUUUAGUGAUCUUAGUCUGACAUGGCUUGCGCAUACUAUGGCAAAACCACAGAACAAUAUUUAAAUAUCGUGCGCUGGCUAGAUUUGACAGCAUCUAGAAUCCAGUGCUGCUGGUUUGGUUUUUUCUGUAAAUAAUCUUUCAAACUUUAUUUGACAUAGGUAUUUAAAUUUCAAUGUAAACUUUUUGUCGAUAGAUUCUUGAUAUGAGAAAAUUAGUUUUGUUUAUGCCAGAUUAAAAAAAACCUUCAGAA